AUGCAGUUCGUCGUAAAUCCAGUGCAUCUGGUUCGGAGCUUGGCUCUGCUGCUCAUUCCUCUGUUGAUAAGACCGUCCGAGGCGGGUUGUAACCACAAUUCUGCCGAAGCUGAUGACGAUUGCACGACAUUAUCACCGGAUGACACGCUGUUUGCUCACUUGCGGUGCUUCGAACUGUACGCCAGCAGCCAACCGAUGGAUCGAAUGCAUGAUGCUUCCGCCUGGAUGGGCUGUGAUGAGACCUAUCUUAAACAAUCGGAAAGGGCUCCUGAGUUUGUGCGAUGUGUUUUGGGCUGGCUACGAUUAUUUGAUUCCAAAACGAGCCAGUUUGAUGCAAACAUCAUUCGCAGUCAGUUUAACGUGUUUGAACGAUGGUUGUCGAUCGACGAAGAGUCUGUUGAAAGGUUCAUAAAUGAUACGAACGCCAUCGGUCUGCUGAAUAGUACGCAUGACGCGUAUGUCUAUGACGCAUUCGAGUCUCUGUUCCGUAUCCAUUCCAAAACAUAUUUUGAACUUUUUCUCCGUGAUUCACAAGUGUUGCAGAAAAUGUACAACCAAGAGGUGGUGCCAGUUCGAAAACCCAACCAAACGGUGACGCAAUUCUGUGAGCUUCAUAUGAGUCCCGAGCUCUGGACCGACAUCUGUCUCAUACGAGCGUACGAGAUUAGCAACCACACCAAAGCUAUGGAGGAUCACAUCACGUGCAUUUUUCGAGGAUUUCAUUACCUAACCGAGCAGAGCUCUAUUAACGUGCAUGAGAUAGCACGAGAUUUCAACCUGACGGGAUCUUUAAACGAUUCUGCCAGCGAACACAUCCACCAGUGUGCCGGCAAAGCUUCUCGGGAGCCAAUCAUCCCCAAACGAUGCCUUGCCAUGUACAGCUGCCUGCUAGAAGGGGAAUCCAGCCGAUCGUUCAAAGACGCUUUCGAUUUUCGUGAAGUGCGCUCCGGCAACUUAAGCUUCACGCUGCAGAAUCUCGCCUACGAUCGCGAUCAGGUGAAGCUGCAGAUUCUAGCGUUAGAUAGGGAGCGGUGUGACGAUCAACACCUACCAGCCAGCAGGUUGCCGCAGGAUUAA